CCAAUGCAUGAAGCAAAUUACUCUUCCGUGUCUGAAUUUGUGCUACGGGGACUUUCUAACUCCAGACCAGUACAGCUGUUCCUCCUUGUCUUCGCUACAAUGUUUUACGCGACACUUGUUUUGGGAAACCUCCUUGUUGUGUUUACAGUGGUCUUUGAUUCUCAUUUACAGUCCCCCAUGUACUUCCUUUUAGCCAAUCUCUCCUUCAUUGAUUUUGGCUUUUCUACUAUAACAGUACCUAAGAUGAUUUCUGACUUGUCCUCUGGCCACAAAACCAUCUCCUUCGAGGGGUGUGUCAUCCAGAUAUUUGUCCUUCAUAUCCUGGGUGGAUCUGAGAUGGUACUGCUAGUCACCAUGGCCUUGGACCGAUAUGUGGCUAUUUGUAAACCACUCCACUACUCAGCUAUCAUGAACCAACGGAUGUGCAUAUUGCUUGUGUCUGGUGCUUGGACUAUAGGCCUCAUCCACUCUGUAUUCCAACUAGCUUUAGUUGGCCAUUUGCCUUUUUGUGGUCCUAAUGAGAUAGAUAGCUUUUACUGUGACCUUCCUUGGUUUAUCAAGCUUGCUUGUAGAGACACGUAUAGAUUGGAAUUUGUGGUGACUGCCAACAGUGGAUUCAUUGCUGUGGGCACAUUUUCCUUACUGAUGCUCUCCUAUAUCUUUAUCCUGGUCACAGUAUGGAAACGCUCUUCGGAUGGAUUGUCUAAAGCUUUCUCUACUCUGUCAGCUCACAUCACUGUGGUGGUUUUAUUCUUUGGACCUUGUAUGUUUGUUUAUGUGUGGCCCUUUCCCACAGUACCUGUAGAUAAGUUUCUUGCCAUUUUGGACUUUUUGAUUACACCCAUUCUGAACCCUGCCAUUUACACACUGAGGAACAAGGACAUGAUGAAAGCAAUGAGGAGACUGAGUAGUCAACUCCUGAGUUUGAGGAAGCCCUCCUAA